AUGUUACAGCAAGAAGAAACUGAAGUUCAAACACUUCAUCCAAACAGAGAACAAUUAACUCGACGAUAUGCGCUAGUACCUGAACAGCCAAGGAUUCAACAGGAUGAUGCUAAUGUAGAAGGUUGUUCGGAUAAUGUUAUCAUUGUACCACAUUUAAAAAUCUCUCCCAAUGAUUCGCAACUUUUUAAUCGAGCAAUCAGUUCUGGUGGUGGACUAUUAGCUGAUUUACAAAGGGCGACAAUUGCAACUCAAGCAUUUUAUGCUGAUGCAAAAGAGCAAUCAAAAACUAGAUCACCGUGGAUUUUGAAACGAUUGUACGAAUGGUCACAUCGAGCCAAAAGACGUGAAAUAACAAAACACGUGCAAGCAGCGUUAGAAACGUCUGGCGAUCCUGAAUUUGAUGAUGAGGAAUUGGAAAAAUUACUUUUAGUUAACUGGGAUCAAAUAUUUGCUGUUAAUCCGGAAAAUUUGGAUUCAAUUGAUAAAAAACGUUUACAAGCUGUAUGGGAGUUAUUUCAUAGUGAAUUAAUAUUUCUUCACAAACAACUUCUCGUUUUGAGAAAUGUUUACAAAGAGCCGUUGAAAAAAUGUCAAGUUGAGGGAUGUUUAUUGACGGUGGAACCGGAUUUACUUUUCGGAAAUCUUGAUCAAAUAUGCCGGAUAAGUUGGUCAUUUUGCAAAUCAUUUCUUAAAAUAAUGGAUGAAGUUGGUACGAUUAGCAAAAAUAACGAAUAUAAUACAACUAAUCUUAUUGUUAAAUUAUUCGAACGGUUUUCCAAAGGACCAUCAACAAUAUCAGCUUACCAGGCAUAUUGCAUUAAUUAUAAAGCCACGAUGGAAUAUUUGGGCUCAAUACGAGAGAAAGAGGAACGUUUUACAGAAUUUGAAGGGGUAUGUCUUACAGAUCCGCGCUGUGAACGGUUACAAUUAGAAGAUUUACUAAUAGCGCCAUUGCAGCGCAUUACAAGGUUACCUAUCCUGUUGAAGGAAAUUCACAAAUAUACGAAAAAUAGUGAUGAUAAAGUACGGAUUGAAAAAGUUAUCGAAAAUAUGAACGAAUCAUUAAGAUCAAUCGAUGAUUCUGUUCAAUGGUUGCAUAAUUUUGAGAGAUUACAACAAUUGCAAAAUUCAGUCAUUUGGCCAUCAAUCAUUGAAUUAGAAACAAAAACGUUUAUUCCAGAGUUCUUACGAGUAGCAGUAUCCAAGCAAUUUUGUGAAAAUCUUUUGGCACAUCCAAGAAGGAAAUUAAUCCAUGAGGGUCAUCUUGAUCUUGUCGAAAAUGGCAGAACAUGUGACUGUUAUGCAUUCUUAUUCAAUGAUAUGUUUUUACUAACAAAAAUGAAGAAAUGCACAAGAAUUAAAAAAGGCACAACGCAGUUAACAAAAUCAGAACAAUAUGUUGUCCAGAAGCAACCAAUACCACUUGAUUCUUGUGUUUUCUGUGAUGCUGAUUCGAAUGAUUCCUCUACCAGCAUGUCAUUAAAAUUUGCAUUUGUGAUUAUCCAUCUUACACGAUACUAUCAAGUGGUGUCAAUUUUUACCUUACAAGCUGCUAACAAACAUGAUAAAGAAUUAUGGAUUGGAAAAUUUCAAGAAUCAAUUGAAAACUAUGAAUCGAUCCAAUUAAAAGAUAUGUUAAAAUGCACACCACUUUAUUCCAGUUUAUCCUUGCGACGUUGUUCAUCAUCUCGUCUAAUGCAACCGAAUACAUGCAUCAAUCAAAAUGUCAGUGAUGUAAAACCAUCACAUUCCGGUAUGCAACUGGAAAAACCGGUAGAGAAUCAAGGAGUGAAUACGGAAGAAAAACAUUGUGAAUCGGUUGAAUCGGCAAUGAAUGCUACUACUGAAAUUAAUAAUUCAGUAUUAUCAGAUGUACAAACAAGAUGUCUUGAUAUUGAAACAAUUUGA